GUGACCCAAAACUCAAGCCAAAGAAAAAAAGUAUUUGCUGUGACAAUGAAAACUGAAAUUGGUUUUGGAAUAAUGCAAAAAAAUGAGAUUUUUGAGACAACUUUCUUUUUUUUCUUGUUGACACUUUGAAAUUCUGUUGAAAUGAUGCGAGAGCAACCUUUUCUUGCCAAGUAAGUGCUCACCAAAGUAACAAUGGCUGCUCAGCUAAAAAAUCUCCCAACCUCGAACCCGCUCUAUCUCUGCUACCCAUCUCCAUUUCCUCACAGGCUCUCUCGGCCUCAAUUUCAAUCUCCCAGGAACCCAUUCAUACCCAUCUCUCUUUCUCGCUCCCUCCCAAUCGAAUCCCGUUCCCAAAUCACAGGCCCGAUACGGAGAGACGAGGACGGGCCGGUCCUCGGCGAUUGCGUCGUCUUCGAAGAGGGCGCCUUCGACGAUCCGUUCCUCCACCGUUCGAUCUAUGACCCGGCUAGCAGACGGAGGGACUCGGCGGAAUUGGCGCCGGAGAAUCUAGUUCCGGAGGACUGGGCGGAUGUUCAGAGGGAGAUUAAUAUCGCGAAGAAGAAGAAGAGGAAGGAGAAGCAGAGGGUCGAGCUGAGACCUAUUGGGGGAGAUGACAGGUCUAGGGCAAGGGCCGAUCUGGAGGAAUACUCCAGAGUUGUGAAGGAGAGUUUCAAGAGGCUAAAUCCUGUUGUACUUGAUGAUCCAGUGUUUCCUGAAGCAGGAGAUGAAGGAAACUGCGAGGAACGUGAGGAUGGCUCAGGUUGGAGUGCUUCCAAUGGCAGAGUGAAGCCGAAGAACCCUAGAGGAGCUAUGAGUGUUGGUGAUUUGGAUGAUAUAAGAGAGUUCUUCAACAAUGGGAGUUAUGAUUCUAGAGGCAGCACAAAAUCUGGAGGUCCCUUUCUCUGUCCCUCUGUGUUUUCUUUGACUAGACAUGUGUAAAUCCUACUGUCUGUUAAUUAAGCAAGAAUCUAUUGACAUGCGUCUUGUUUGUCAUAAUAUGAUAUAGUCAUUUGAGGAUUUUGAGGACCUUUAAGUUGCUCGGUUUCACCCCAAAUUGGGUCCUAUAAGUGCUCUUACAUUGUUUGCGUUAUUAUGUUUAUUUUGUUUGUGCUUCUAUGUUUCACCCGGGGUCUCUUAGAAACACUUUCUCUACUUCUGACUAGGGUAAUAUCUUCUUACACGCACCCUUCCCGGACCCUACUUUUUGAGGAUUUUAUAGGUUUUGUUAUUGUUGUUAGAGAAAAGAUGAUUAGCAGCUUUGUUGGGCCAAACACAUCUUGUUGGAGAAUGCCUUUGGAGCUCUUGGAAGCAUGAUCCUUUAUUGCACAAAUUCAUUUUGCAAAGCCUUGGGUUGCUAAGCCAAGUGUUUUG